AUGAGCAAUACCAAGCCGCGCAAGCCCAAGAACCCCGAGGCGCCGACAAGGUAUCUCUACGUGGCCAACUGCACGGUCGGCGGCGACCACGGCGUUGGCGAAGGUGCAAUCCUCUCGUGCUUUGGCGCCUAUGGGACGCUCUGCGACCUCGUCUCGGAGGACGCCAAGGGCUACCUCUUGGUGACGUUUGCGACGGUCGAGGCAGCGGUCGCGGCGCGCUCCGCACUGCAAGGCACGUCGCCAGCCGCGCUUGGCGGCCGGAAGCUCUUUGUCCAGUUUGCCGCCGAAGCACCGCCCGCUGGAUCUGGAUCGUUGCUUUCGUGCCCAAGCACAACCGCGCACGUCGUGGUGCCUGGGCUCUCAAUCAUCGACGACUUCAUCUCGGCCGACGAAGAAGCUUCGCUGCUGUCUACCAUCGAUGGGAUGGCAUGGGAAGACAGCAUCCAGCGGCGCGUACAGCACUAUGGCUACGCCUUUCGCUACGACACGCGUGACGUGGACGCGUCCCAACCCCUUGGGCCACUGCCGCCUUUCUGCGCUGACACCGCAGCCAAUAUGCAUUGCCUCCGUCCGGAUUUGCAGCUGCCCGACCAAAUCACGAUCAACGAGUACCUCCCGGGCCAAGGCAUUGCGCCGCACGUCGACACUGCCGACGUCUUUACCGAGUACAUUGCGUCGCUCUCGCUUGGCAGCGAUAUUGUCAUGGAUUUUCGCCUCGUCUCGGAUCCCUCGGUGCUCAAGCACGUCGUGCUGAAGCGCAGGUCGCUCUGCCUAAUGGUUGGCGAGGCGCGCUACCUCUGGAAGCACGGAAUCGCAUACCGCAAGCACGAUCUCAUUGGCGGUGCCGUCGCCACCCGAUCGCGGCGCGUGUCGCUGACCUUGCGCAAGAUUCUGGACGAGCGCGAUGUGAGUCGCGUGCAGCAGACAAGCGUGCAGCGACCGACCGAUCUGGAGAAGGAGCACGUGCACGGUGUGUACGACAGCAUCGCGUCGCACUUUAGCCACACGCGGCACCACCCGUGGCCGCUUGUCACGGACUUUUUGAACCGACUGCCCGACGGCGCGCUGGUUGCCGACAUUGGCUGCGGCAAUGGCAAGUACUUGGGCGUGAACCCAAAGGUGAUGAUGAUUGGGUCCGACCGCAGCAUGCCCUUGCUGAGCGUCUGUUCCGAGCGGACCCACGAAGUCUUUGGCAGCGACGGCCUCAGCGUGCCUCUCCGCACGGGUGUGUUCGACGCGGCCAUUUGCAUUGCUGUGCUCCACCACAUGUCGACGAUCGAGCACCGCCUGCAGAUUUUGAGGGAGCUCGCGCGGCUCGUGCGCGUGGGUAGCGAGAUCUACGUGGUGGCAUGGGCGUUUGAACAAGACGCGCUCUCGAAGCGCAAGUUCGCGAGCCAGGACGUCAUGGUCGAGUGGAAGCUGCAGCAAAAGUACAUUGACCCGCGCGAGCCGCUGCCCGCCCAUGUGCAGCUCGACGACGCGAAAAAGUGGGCUGUCUAUAAGCGCUACUGCCACGUGUACCGCGACUUGGAGCUCGAGCUCCUCGUGCGCCAAGUGCCCGGCCUCGUCGUCACCAACGUCGAGAUGAUGCGCUCGAAUUGGUGCGUGACGAUCGAGCGCGUCUAGUGUGCCACUUUGCAUCACCGCUUGAUACGAACUUGAUACUUGUUCGGAUCACCCUA